AUGAAAAGAAAAAUAGCCGGUAGUGCAAUUCAAGUCACCCAUCUGUGUCUAUAAAUCUCUCGCAGUUAUGCUGCAUUUAUAAAGGCCACAAACAAUGAAAUUUUCUCAUUCACUUUUGGAAAACAGAUGACAAUGUUGAACUUACCUUUGCUGCUGAUCCCAGUGCUCAUCUCAUUUACACUCCACUUAAGUGCAGGUCAGGCAUUGCACACAAAUGCACAGCAAAAUUUUUGGGAAUCCUUUGUACCUGGCGAACUGCUCCGGCUUUUGGAAAGCUCUACCUUAACAACACCCGAUGUGGGUAGCAAUGUCGCACAACGCAGAUCAGAUGUAGCAUCAUCAGCAAUCACAUUACCCGCUAGCGGGGAUAACAUCGUGCCUUUAACACCAAAUUCAAUUCAUAAACGUUCAGAUUCAUCAACUGAUAACACUCAAGAUCAACAAAAUGCACCAUCAAGUGAUGAAUUCAAUUACGAUCAGGCUUACGAAGAUUUCGUGCGUCAAUAUUUUAGUGACAAACUAGAAGAAGAUAACGAUUCUAAUGAAAAUCAUGAAGAAGCACAAGAUAGCGAAGAGCAACAAUUAGAAGCGGAACACAAUUCUUCAUCAACGGAAACGGAACCAUUGUCGGGGGAAACGAAAAAUCGCGUGCAACGCAAAACAAAAGAGAAAUGCCGACGCGUUAGGAAGAAUAAGCAAAAUUGUUUGAUUUGUGAAAAUGCGCUCAGUGGCGAAAAAUCAGAAUCAUGCUCUUUUUCGCGUGAAAGUGAACCGCAGAAAUAUGCAUUCGAGCGGGAAAGAAGCUAUAAGAAACAGCGUGAUGCUGAGGAACCUUCAGCGCAAAGUGUUGAACAAACAUCUUCGGAAGAGGCGAAGGCAGCGGAAUCGGACAAAAGUGAUGAAGAGAUUAAUAAAAGAAAUAUCAAAAGCAAUCGCCGCCAGGCUAAAAUCUCAAGAAAUAGUAGCUCAUGCAUACAAAUGAUAAAGCGUGGGAAAAUUUGCUAUCAGUGUGUGGAUGGCGAUGGCACGACCACCAAGUGUUAUGUGCCCAGAGGAAGGAAGAAGGAAAGAGUGGAUAAUAAGACACGUCCAGCCGAAGGAAAAGAACAUAAAGUGCAAAAAACACAGCAACGCAUUUACAAACGAACCAUUUCGUAUUCUUUCGAAAAGGGUACAAAUGGCACUGCAGCAAAUGAACCGCCGGCUGAGGUCGACCAGGAAGCAGAUACAGCAGCAAAAAGCAGUGCACCAAAUUUAAAGGAAAAAAUAUUCAUUAAAGUGGUUAAGCAAAACGAAACAAUAGCAGAAUAG